AGCACAGGCAGUCGGUGCAAAAGCGUUACACUGUGCGCAUCGGGUCCUACGCAUGCAGAGAGUGAGACCACUCUGACGGCAUUUCUUCGCGGUGGAGUUUUUUUUCUCAUUGUUGUUAUUGCUUCAUUUUGCUCACGUUUGAGCACCCUACGCGACGGUGCUGCCCCUUUCAAUAAGAUACCCGUGAGAGAGACAAUAUACGUGAGACUCUCCCCUAUUCUGUGUCUGUGUGCGCCGCCGUUAGAAAUCAACGUUAGAAGAAUAUUCCUUCCGAAGGUUGUGUUGAAGACAAUCCAACCCCCCACCCCCCGCAUACGGGUCCCCUCAUGUAGGGGUUGGUUGGAGAAGUUGUGCGUGAGAACCUACAACCCCCGCCCGAUGGGUAUGAUGGCCCUUCACCACCACAAGUGGAUGAAGCUGUAGCCCGGUGUUUUAUUGUGUGAUAAAGUGUGGUGCUAUAAGUGCAACACAAAAGUGGAAAGAAUAGCAACAACCACCCCCGCAUAAACAAACCCCAUUUCUUUUCGUUAUUAUAUCUCUUAUUAUUUGAUCGAGAAGUGUGACAAGACUGUGUCAAGGACUACAGACAGCAUCCAUUCAGUUCCUUGAGUUUACCUUUUUUUUGGCUUCUUUAAUGCGCAUCUGUUGAUAAAAUCACAAUAAAUUGAUUUAAUUUGCAAAUUUGCCAUUUUUUCACGACAUAAAUCAAUCCUUGUUGGGUCAGCUGGGUUGUGUGUAUUUUACGUUGUCAAAGAUGCCGGAUGGGGUAAUUUAAAUAAAUUUUAAUUACAACGAAAUCUGACCUUGACACCCUGGAGCAAACCUGAAGGAAUUUUACAAAAUAGACCUUCUUAAAGACUUUUUAAAAGAGAAAAAAAAAACUUUUCCGUUGAAUGGAUUUCAUUGAGAAUCAUGGCUCCAGUUUAUCAGCAUCCUUCUGGGAUGUCGAGAGGACGAAGAAGAAAUUCUCCUCAAUGUAGUUAGCUACACAACCCCCAUUCCUAUGUGUUGGACAAUUUAAUUUAUUUUUUACUUUAAAUGGAUAAUUUUUAAAGAAAAGAAAAGAAUUCUUUAAGAAAAAUCAGUGUUUAGUGUGAAAACUCAACCCUCACGCAAUAAAAGUGCAGGUGCAACGAAAAGUGCCCUAAAUAAUGGCAGCAUAUGCGCAAUUUGGCUACAGCUACCCGUCGGCAAGUCAGCUCCUUGUCGGCGGCGGCGGCAGUACGAGCGGUGGGCAGCCAGCAACGGGUACCACCACGGGGACAGCACAGUCACCCAUCUCGGCCACAAAUGCCCCCUCUCUGAGUCCUGUUGGCUCUGCCACGGGUGCCGGGCCAGGAGCCCUAAGUCCUGGCUCGCUGUCGCAAACAUCCACAAAUGCUCCAGCUGCAUCGGCGACAUCGUGCUGCGAGAAUGGACGCCCAAUUAUGACGGAUCCCGUUUCGGGGCAAACCGUCUGCUCAUGCCAGUACGAUUCAGCUAGACUCGCCCUCUCCAGCUACUCACGCCUCCCGGCAGCUGGUGUAGGGGUCUACGGUACCCCCUAUCCGUCCACAGAUCAGAAUCCCUAUCCCAGCAUCGGCGUCGACAGUUCCGCCUUCUACUCACCACUGAGUAAUCCGUAUGGGCUGAAGGAGAGUGGACCCACGGGAGAUAUGUCAGCAUGGACCUCAGCUGGGCUCCAACCAACCACCGGCUACUACCCCUAUGAUCCCACACUUGCGGCCUAUGGCUACGGCGCUGGGUAUGAUCUCGCGGCUAGAAGGAAAAAUGCAACACGCGAAUCAACGGCCACCCUCAAAGCGUGGCUGAAUGAGCACAAAAAGAACCCGUACCCCACGAAAGGGGAGAAAAUCAUGCUGGCAAUUAUAACGAAGAUGACGCUGACGCAGGUGUCGACGUGGUUUGCCAAUGCACGCCGGCGGCUGAAGAAGGAGAACAAAAUGACGUGGGAGCCGAAGAAUAAGACCGAUGACGAUGACGAUGCCAUGGUGUCGGAUGAUGAGAAGGACAAGGACGACCUGGAUGGGGACAAGAGUCGUGAUCACAAAGAAUCCAUCCAUCAUGUGAAGUCGGAGCAGCACGUGAAGGACGAGGAGGAUGACGAUCUGACCGACGAUGACCGCAAAACGGAGGCAGCCGCCAUGCUAGCGGCUACGGGGGGUGCUGGAGCUGGGGGUAGUUUGGCGCAUCACCAUCACCUCCAUCAUCAUCAUCACCAUCACCCGCAUCAUCCGUAUCAUCCGCACCACCCACAUGCGAUGCUGGGCGGCGGGUAUGGGGGUGUGAAGCAGGAGGAGGCAGGACAAUUGACGGCGUCAAAAAACCAAACAAGCAGCGACUGUGGCGUGCCGAUUCCGGCCACCAAGCCCAAAAUCUGGAGUCUGGCCGACACAGCCGCGUGCAAGACGCCUCCCCCACUGCCACCCCACUCGGGCCCGUGGAUGACACACGGCUACCAGCAGACGAGUGGCGGCGGCAUGAUGAUGGGCUCCGGCGGACCACCGCCGCAUGGCACCAUGCACCCGACCGGGCAGCCGCCGCCCCCUUCCCACCACCACCACCAAGUGCAGCAGAUGCAUGGCACCGGCCCCAUGACGCCGACUUCCUACACAGGCAACUAUGGCCGGUACGGGGGGUUUCUCAGUGGGCCACCGGCCCCACCGGCAUCGGCCCACCAAUACCCCAACCCGUGCACAACCCCGAGCAGCCACCUAGCGGGGGACACCACCACUACGCUGGGCCCCCAGAUGUCCAGCAGCAGCAGCAGCAGCAACACGAAUACCCCGCCGGCGAUGGGGUUUCCCGAGGUCCAGACCGAUACACCACCCCAGACGCCGCCGAGUAUGAAGCUACCCAGCGUGGCAGGGAACCUCCUCACCCAUUCGGCAACCCCUACGACCGGUACCUGCUACAGUAAUGGCCCCACUGGUGCAUCGGCGCCAUCCAAUGCACCCUACGGCGGUGCAUCACCCGGUGAGAUGCAGCAGAAUGCCUUCCUGGGGAAUUUUGCACGCAUGCAGGGCAGCCCAAUCAACAAUAACACCCUCCAUCAUCACAAGGAUUUCGCCCAGCAGAUGAUUAGUGCCGACAUGGCGGCCUUUAAGCCCUUCUACAAGAGUCCACACCAAGUUGGUAAUGGGUUCGUGUCGCCUGUCUGAGAUGAAGCCUGGAAUGGCAACUACCCGCAAUUUCCGGUGGACAUUGGUGACCCCACAAUGGAGCGAAGUACUGAAUGAAAUCAACACUCAAAAUGUAUACGAAAUUGGCGACUUCUUUUUGGUUCUUAUUUUCGCGUUUUUCGCGGGGAUUUGGUGGCUCCCUGCACACAUUUGUGGAACAGCCGCCAUGUGGAGGAUGAACAGGAUAAAAGGGCAAAGUGCAAGCGCAUAAAUCUCACAAUAGAAGGGAUCUUGUAUUAAAACAAUUUUUUUGUUCAUUUUACUCAUCAAUGAUUAACAAAAAAAAAUAUACGUGGAGAAGAAGGGAAAGAAGAAAAAUCUCAAAAUAGCUCAACACAUCAUCAAAUAGAUAAAAAAGAAAACUCACACAGAAGAAAAAUUCUUUACGAUAGCUAAUCAAUAGUGGAUGAAUAAAUUAUAUAAGAAUUAAUUAUCUCUUUUCUAUAUGAAUUUCAAAUGUCUUGUCCUUUUUCCCAAGACUUUUCAUGCGAUUCUCCGUGGAAAAUGAUUUAUUUUUUAGUAAAUUAAUUAAUUUAAUUAAAAAAUGUUCAGCACUAAAAAUAGUAUUUUCAAAAUUUUCCUUGAAAUUAACUAAAAGAGAAUUUUCUUUUCAAUGUGAGAAUCCGUAGAAGCACAAAACACACACACAUAAGUAUUCGAGAGAAAGAGAAAA